AUGAAUAACGUGGUUAGCGACAAGGUUGUAACUCCACAACACUGCCAAGUGAGCAGCACAAGACCCGAAGAUCCAAAAGAGCGAAAACGGAAUCAGAACCGUAUUGCCCAGCGUACCUACAGUGAGACAACCCCGUUCACCAGCGAACCCGUCCUACCUGGGCUGCCCAGCCCAGGAACCAAACAGAAUGGGGACCAGACCGCACUCCACCGUGCAAUUUGCUCGGGAAAUGAAUCGAUUACUCGUCUUCUUUUAGAACGAGGAGCAAAUGUUGGGAAACAAGACGGCAACGGGAAAACUGCACUGCAUCUGGCCGUGGAAAGUGAAGAUGAGCCUCUGGUCCGUAUUUUGCUUGCGGGUAAGAUAGACUUAAAUGUCAAGGACUCUUUAGGACGAACUGCAUUAUUCUCAGCAGUCCAGAGUGAUAAUGAGAAUGUUACAAAGCUGCUUUUAGAGGCAUCCAUUGAUGUUAAUAUGAGGGACUCAUACGGGGAGGUUGCAUUGCAUUUAGCCGUGGAGUGCGGAUCGUUAUCUCUGACAAGCCUUCUCCUCUCCCAUGGGGCUGAUAUUGAGGCAUAG